AACAACGUAAACUUCUCCUCAGAAAACAUCACUACAUCACAGCAAUGAAACCUCUGUGGUUUAUCUUCUUGUUUUUCCAGAUUUUUGUAAACUUUUCCUGGUCACAGACUGCGAACAUCUGUGAAAUUGGCGGGCUGCAUCCUCGUCUGUACAUAGCUGGAAUACCAUCGACUGGUCAAGCGAUCAUAGCCGGACACAAGUUGCGUUUUUUCUGCGGAGCUGAUCAUAAACUGGAUGGCCCAGAAGAAAUCGAAUGUUUAGGACCUGGCCAAUGGAGCGCCUCCUUUCCAACCUGCUCUGAAAAAUGCAAACGACCAGAAGUACCAGAAAAUGUGCGCAUCACUUCAUCUGUACAAGGCAAUGCUCUAAGUAAAGGAGAUAUAUUAUCAUUUGCUUGUAAUCGUCGUACGGACUUCAUGCAAGGAAGUGCAUCAAUUGAAUGUUUGGGAAACGGACAGUGGAGCGACCCCCCGCCACAGUGUGAAGCUCCUAUAGUUUGUUCAGCACCACCACCUCUUGAAGAUGGAGACACCAAAUCAUAUAUUAGCUCAGAUUCUGUGUUUCAACAUGGUGACAAAGUUGAAUACAUCUGUCGGCAAACGUAUACUAUGAACGGGGAACCAUUUAAAACCUGCAACAACGGAGUAUGGAUAGGAGAGAUGAGAUGCCUCAAACCCUGCACUGUGAACGAGCAGUUAAUGAACACACAUAAUAUUUGGUUUGCCCAUGGUUAUAGCAAUAAGCUAUAUGCGCCACAUAAGGAUCACCUUACAUUUGUUUGUAAACGAGGAACAACACGUGUUGGCAGAGUACCGAUGCGUGUGCAGUGUAAUGAUGGGGAGAUGACCCUGCCCACUUGCCAAUAAAAGUCUUUGGAGAGCUUGAAAUAAAGUUGUAAUCACAAAAAGCUAGUUUGAUAUCAAAAUCUACAAUUUUUAUAUUUGCAAAAGUUGUGAUUAGUUUGGUAACUUUUAAACACUCUAAUUAAUUAAGGGAGUGCUAAUCAAUUGACCUGCUGCGGUCACCCCAGGUUCUUUUCCUGAAUAAUGUGGUGUUUCUAUUGUAGACUUCGGUAGUAAUAAAAAAA